AUGACACAACCUGUGGAGAAUACAAGUUCUUUUCCGACAUUCACUACUGCUCCAGUAGUCUCUUCGUAUGUUCCAAAUAUAGACAAAUUAGAGGGACAUAGCAACUACGCAUCAUGGAAAUUUGCCAUGAAAAUGAGUCUGAUGCUAGAAGGUUUAUGGGAAAUAGUUACCAAUGGACCAAUGAACAAUACAAAUACCUUAAACAAAGACCUUGAUAAUAAGGCUUUAGCGAAAAUAGGUUUAUGUGUGAAACCUACUUGUUACGUACAUAUAUGUAAGGCUACCACAUCCAAAGAAGCAUGGGACAAUCUGCAGAAAGCUUUCGAAUCAAAAGAUAUGAACAGAAAGUUUGAUUUGCAAAGACAUCUGUUCAGAACGAAACAUACUGACUUCAAUUCAAUGGAAGAAUAUAUUGGGGAUAUAAUGUCAACAGUGUACAAACUUGCUGAUAUUGGUGUUACCAUUGAAGACGAUUUUGUUGCUUUUGUUAUGCUGAACGGACUAAGUUCGGAAUAUGAACCUUUAGUUAUGGCUCUAACAUAUAACAAUUUAAAGCUCUCAUCAGAUGAAGUAAAAACAAAGCUAAUAGAGGAAGAGAAAAUCAUCUCAAGAAGAAAGAGAUAUAGGAGGAGCAGCUUUACAUUCCAGAAAUGUCCAAAGGAAAAUCACAAAGAAAUUCAAAAUCAAAUGUUAUUCUUGUGGAGAAGAGGGACAUAA